UUGCCUUCCUCAAAGUGUGCGUGUCAAUGGAAGCAGAGGAGGAGUUAAGUGCGCCACUUUAGUCCAUUCCAUUUUCACACACACUGCUGAAUGCCUGUACUCACGAAACGAGGAAACAGAGGAAAUGCUGUAAAUGCCAACACGAGGAAUACAUUUGGACUCACUCUGGAUCCUGGUCUUGAAGUGCCGAAAAAGCUGUCAAUGCGCUUUGGUCGGCUGUAGUGUGAGAACUGCACUGGUCCUAGCAGGUGUAGCAGCUGAGAAAGAACAUGUCCAAUGGGAAAGACGCGAAUGCUGCUCAGAACGACUCAUCCCAGAUGACCCUGGGAGAGAGCCUGGAUGAGUGUAUGGAGGCCAUGGAUCUGUUCCUAAACAACCACUUCAAUGAAAGUCUGGAAAGGCUGCAGUCAAAAGUAGGUGAGAGUAUGUACCAUGCUCUUUUCUACGCCACAGUCCUGGAAAUGCAAGCCAUGAUGACUUUCCAGCAUGAUGACAUUUGCAGUGCUGGAGCUACCAUGAAGAAUGCUCAGGAUCUUUGUCAGAGGUUUCGCCGUAAAACUCCAAAUUUAGCAAAGUCGACUGGGGAGCCACUCACUGAAGUGCAACUCCAUGCAGAAGUGUGUUUUGCAGAAUGCCAGCUUCAAAGAGCUGCUCUCACUUUCCUACAGGAUGAGAAUAUGGUGAGUUUUAUCAAAGGUGGGAUCAAAGUACGAAACAGUUACCUCAUUUACAAAGACUUGCAUUCCUAUGUAAAUUCUCAAACCUGUUUUAAAGGACCAAACCACAAUCAAUUAGAGGGUGGGAUUUCUUUUGGAAUAGGAGCAUUUAAUCUGUCACUCUCUUUAUUCCCACCACGAAUAUUAAAAGUUUUAGAGUUUGCGGGUUUCUCGGGAGAUAAGGAUUACGGUUUAUCGCUGCUGGAUGAGGGGGCAACAGCAUUGAAUCUGCGCUCCAUGCUAUGUGCUCUGCUACUGCUUUGUUACUACACUUUUCUAACAUUCAUACUAGGAACAGGUGAGGGACAUGUGGUGGAAGCUGAAAGAUUGCUGAAAAUAUUCAGGCUUCGCUACCCCCGGGGUGCGAUAUUCCUUUUCUUUGCUGGCAGGGUAGAGGAGAUGAAAGGAAACAUCGAUGAGGCAAUUGCUUUAUUUGAAGACGGCUGCAAAGCCCAGCAAGCAUGGAAGCAGUUCCACCACAUGUGCUACUGGGAGCUGAUGUGGUGUUUCACCUAUAAGCGGGCGUGGAAAAUGGCCUAUUUCUAUGCAGACCUACUAAGCAAGGAAAGCCGCUGGUCCAAGGCAAUGUACAUAUACAUGAAAGCUGCUUAUCUCAGCAUGCUGCCAAAGGAAGAGGAGCGCCCCUUCGGCGAGAAUGAGGUGGAUCUCUUCAGACAAGUACCUGCCUUUAAGCAAAAGAUAGCAGGGAAGUCUCCCCCCACUGAAAAAUUUGCUAUCCGCAAAGCUCGCCGCUACCAAACCCACUGCCCAGUCAGGCUAGUCGUGCCAGUGCUGGAGAUGAUGUACAUGUGGAAUGGUUAUAGUAUGAUCAAAAAACAACCAGAGCUGACUGAAGGAAUGAUGCAGACUCUAGUGGACGCUGAGCGCACCCUCUUGGAGUCUCCAGAGAAUGAGUAUUCACUAGACGACCGUUGUGUAAUCCAUCUGCUGAAGGGAUUGUGUUUGAAAAAUCAAGGACUCCUCCAGGGUGCUGAGGAAUGCUUUCAUAAAGUUUGUUCUAGUGAGAAGAAGCUCCGGUUCGACCACUACCUCAUUCCUAACUCCAUGGUGGAGCUUAGUCUCCUUUACAUUGAACAAGGCCGAAAGGACGAGGCCAUCAAACUGCUGCACAAGGCUAAACACAACUACAAAGAAUACUCCAUGGAAUCACGUACGCAGUUCAGGAUCCAUGCCGCUCUGGCCAAGCUGAAGGCUGGCUCUGUCGAUUUGGCGGAAACUCAACUAUAAGGAGACAGUCUUCAUCUUCGUGAUUGGGAUACUCUUUUUAAACAAUAUCCAGUUUUACAUUUCUAUCCAUUUUCAAACACUAAAUGCCUAAUAGGUUUCUGUUCAGUUUAUCCUUCUUUUGACAUUUAAUAAAGGUAAGUCCUGAUUGGCAUCAAUCUGGACUAUUGUACAACAUGGUUUUGAUUAGUACUUCUAUUUUAUAUAAGAUUACAAAUUUGUGCGUAACGACAUUUCAAUGUAUGAACGAUGUUUACGUUUUGAGGUCCUAUCCCACUGAUUAAAACCCCUUUUGGUAACAUUCACACAUACUGCUUUAUACUGAUUACUUAAUUGACCAUCUUGGCAUAUUGUCAUUAACUGAGGUUUUGGUG